UUUGUUUUUUUGCAAAUUGCUUUUUCGGAAGUUGAUAAUUUUUAAGUCUAGAAACUAUAAAAACUGUUGAUUUAGUUGCGGAAAUAUGCAGUUUUGUUAGUGAACGUAAUCGUCAAAGAAGAUCGUUAUUACCUUCCAAGAAUUCAUCUUCAUUCCUCAGUCGCCAAUGUACCCAUUUCAUUUUCACUGUCAUCUAGUGUCCCUGCUACAGUUAACCUGCUUCCAUCACCAUACUACCAUCUGAAUGUAGUAGUUUUACUCAACUCAACGUCGUCAACAAGUUAACGUGAUGGUCAUGUAAUUAGGACUCUGGUAUAUUACAUCCUUGGGUGAUCAUGAAGAGCCGCAUUUUGUUUAUCAUAUCUGAUAUUAAACAAAUUUCUGUCUCAAUUUUUGUAUCAUCUUCAAGGCAGAUUUGCUACAUGAAUACUUGUUCAUACGGUUAAUUUAAUGGAUGAUAUUUUUUCAACUUGCUCUAUUAGGAUGUCGGUGAGAAUCUGUGUGGCAGUCUCAGAGUCAACGUAUGGUCAAAAUGAAUUGUUACAAUCUCUACGAUAGAUUAUGUAAUUUUUUGACGAAUCAAAAUCAUAAUCCUAACUGUUAUACAGAAUGUAUCAUUUGGUUUACAGAACACUUAUUUCUGUGAUAAAUUCAUACGGUUAAUUAAAUGGAUGAUAUUUUUUCAUACUUGAUCAAUGAGGAUAUCAAUGAUAACCUGAAUAGCAGUUCUAGAAUCUAAAAAAAUUAUGUUUACUUCCACCCGAAAAAUAUCUAUCACUUGGAAGUUUCCCGAAUCAAUUUUUGUCCCGUACGUGUGGUGAAUGACAUUGGCUACGGAAGUCGACCAAUUCAUUUAUAGACUGAUAUACAUUGAUCCAAUGGCUAAAUCAAUGUGGACUCCAAUCAAAAUGAAAUUGAACUGUAUCAGUUGUUAAAAUCGUUUCAAUAUAUUAAAAAUAGCACUAAUUCAGUAUCAUAAAUGAAGAUCAAUGUUUUUCGUUUUAUUAAGCGUAAAAUUGAGAAAAUAAAUUACAAAAUUUUAGUUUUACAACUUCAAUUAGUAUCAAUAACGGUAGAAACCAUGAAUGAUCACGGGUUCACUACAGAAGCACUUUUAAAAAGAGAAAAGUAAAAUGAUUAUCAUAUCUUGUCUGUUUUGAUAAAAAAUAUGACUGCAAAGAAAAUGAAAAGCCCUGAUAAUUAAUUACUUGAGAUAAUCUUCCAUCGUAAUCAUCAAGGACAUAUAUAAGUUUAAAUUGAAACUUGUUACACCUGUUACAUUUCGAAUCACAACUCAAGCUACUCAAAGUGAAAUCACUUGCCACUGUCCAACUAUUUAUUGAAUUGAAUAAACGCCAUGGACAUUUCAUUCAAAGGGAAACGUGCUCUUGUCACUGGCGCCGGAAGAGGAAUCGGUCGAGACAUUGUUAAAAGACUCGUCAAGCUUGGAGCAACUGUGGUAGCCUUAAGUAAAACCAAGGAGAAUCUUGAAUCGCUUAAAGCAGAGCUUCCUGAGAUUGAAAUCGUACCAUGUGAUCUUGCAAAUUGGGAAGAAACUCGAAAAGCUGUAGCUUCCUUGGAUACAAUUGAUUUGUUGGUCAAUAAUGCCGCUUAUGCUAAACUUGAUCCAAUUGGGGAAGUUGAUGAACAGACUUGUAAUUUGCAUUUUGACAUCAAUGUCAAAUCGAUCAUCAAUGUUACCCAAGAAGUGGUUAAAAAAUUGAAAGCUGCUGGCAAACCAGGAUCUAUUGUGAACAUUUCGAGUCAAGCUGGAAUGGUUGCUCUACAAGAUCAUGUUGCCUACUGUGCAUCAAAAGGAGCUGUUGAUCAAAUCACUCGAGUUUCUGCCCUUGAAUUGGGUCCUUUCAAUAUAAGAUGUAAUUCAGUUAACCCAACUGUCGUUGAAACUGAAAUGGGGAAAAGAGGAUGGGCUGAUCCAAUUAAACGACAAUGGAUGAUGGAAAGGAUUCCUCUUCGGAGAUUUGCUGAUAUUGACGAUGUUGUUGACGCGAUUGUUUAUCUUCUCAGUGAUAAAUCAGCCAUGAUCAACGGAGUUAUUUUACCCAUCGACGGAGGAUUUACAGCCUGUUAAUUUUGCCAGUUGCCCCAUAUUACCCGUUGCCUUCUAGUUCAAUGGUUACAGCUAUUUCAAGUUUUGAUAAAACAAAGAUUUUUUCAUUGCUCAUGACACGAGGGAAUUCAUUUAAUAUUAAUACGAAUCUAAUUAUUUCAAGUAAAACUAAUUUCCAUAAGUAACUGUAAAAUGAAAUAAAAAUAAGGUUAUGGCUUA